AAUAAUGAAUAUUAAAAAUGUCUCAAGCUGGCUGCAGUCUCACAGAACAUCAACCGUUUGUAACUGUUCGAGUGGAAGGCCUCCAAAAGUCCUGAGAGUCAAACUUUUGAAGAGUCUGACUGUCUUGAAGCGGGUUGAUUUCAGCUUCCACUUACAGCUUCCAACCUCUUCUCAGACGAAUCCAUGGCGGCCGAACGCAAUCCUUUGUUGGAAGAUUUCGUUUUUCCACCGUUCGAUGUGAUCGAACCCAAACACAUCCGUCCCGCCUUCCGAUCGCUCUUAGCGAAACUGGAGAGUGAUUUGGUUGAGUUGGAGACUACAGUUGAGCCAACAUGGCCUAAAUUGGUUGAACCAUUGGAAAAGAUCAUAGAUAGAUUGUCUGUUGUUUGGGGAAUUGUGAAUCAUCUCAAUUCUGUGAAGGACUCACCUGAGCUGCGAUCUGCCAUAGAAGAAGUUCAGCCAGCAAAGGUUGAAUUUCAGCUCAGGUUGGGCCAAAGCAAACCCAUUUAUAAUGCAUUCAGAGCUAUUCGAGAAUCUUCAGAUUGGGAAGCUCUGAAUGAUGCUCGUAAGCGCAUUGUGGAAGCUCAAAUAAAGGAGGCAGUUCUUAAUGGUGUUUCUCUUGAAGAUAAUAAAAGAGAAUACUUCAAUGAAAUUCAACAGGAGUUGGAAAAGCUAUCACAGAAGUUUGAGGAAAAUAUUUUGGACUCCACAAAGCAGUUUGAAAAAUUAAUCACAGAUAAGAAAGACAUUGAAGGGUUGCCUGCUACUGCACUUGCAAUGGCUGCAGAAAUGGCAUUGUCCAAGGGACAUAAAGAUGCUACAGCUGAAAAUGGGCCAUGGGUACUUACGUUGGAUGCUCCAAGCUAUCGCUCUGUUAUGCAACAUGCACGGAAUCGAUCUUUACGUGAAGAAGUAUACCGUUCUUAUGUUGCUCGUGCAUCAAGUGGAGAUCACAAUAACACACCAAUUAUUGCAAGAAUUUUGAAGCUUAAAUUGGAGAAGGCAAAGCUUCUUGGCUACAAUAAUUAUGCUGAGGUAAGCAUGGAAAUGAAAAUGGCUACCAUAAAUAAAGCAGAGGAGCUUAUAGAGGACCUUCGAAGUGCUUCUUGGAAUGCCGCAAUUCAAGACAUGGAAGACCUUGAAAAUUUAGCUAAAGCUCAAGAUGCUAUAGAGGCUAAUGAUUUGAAGCAGUGGGACAUCAACUUCUGGGGUGAGAGACUCCGUGAGUUGAAGUAUGAUAUAAAUGAGGAAGAGUUACGUCCAUUUUUCUCAUUACCAAAGGUUAUAAAUGGUCUCUUUAACCUUGCAAAGAUGCUGUUUGAAAUUGACGUUGAGCCAGCAGAUGGCCUAGCUCCAGUUUGGAACAAUGAUGUCAAAUUUUAUUGUGUCAAAGAUUCUCUAGGCAUUCCGAUAGCAUACUUUUACUUUGAUCCAUAUGCUCGUCCUUCAGAAAAACGCGGUGGGGCAUGGAUGGAUGUUGUUUUUGGUCGUGGUAGCACAUUUUCAUGUGAUGGUGCAUCUCCUAGGUUGCCUAUUGCACAUAUAGUGUGCAAUCAAACACCACCAAUGGGUGACAAGCCAAGUCUUAUGACCUUCCGUGAGGUUGAAACUGUCUUCCAUGAGUUUGGCCAUGCCCUUCAGCAUAUGUUAACCAAGCAAGAUGAAAGUCUUGUUUCAGGUUCUCGAGGGAUAGAAUGGGAUGCUGUUGAAUUAGCUUCUCAGUUCAUGGAAAAUUGGUGCUACCAAAGCAACUCUUCACCCACAAGUUCUAAUGUAGGAACAUCUAGAUUUGAGCUACGGUAUGCAAGUGUAGAUCUGGAGCUUCACACAAAAUACAUUCCAGAUGGGUCAGAAACCAUCUAUGAUAUUGAUCAAAGAGUUGGUAGAAGGACAAAUGUGAUCCCUCUACUGCCAGAGGACAAGUUUCUUUGUAGUUUCAGCCAUAUCUUUGCAGACAAGUAUGCAGCUGGAUAUUACAGUUACCAGUGGGCAGAGGUGUUGUCUUAUGAUGCUUUCUCAGCAUUUGAGGAGGCUGGGUUGGAUAAUGUCAAGGCCGUCAAAGAAUUGGGGCACAAGUUUAGAGAAACCGUACUUGCAGUUGGUGGUGGAAAAUCACCAGAACAGGUUUUUGUAGAAUUCCGAGGGCGGGAACCUUCGCCAAAGGCACUGCUCAGAUACACUGGCUUAUCACCGGUAACGGCUGAAGCUUGAAGUCUUAUUUUAAAAUCAAGUUUUGGGACUUGGAAGUUGGAAGAACAUCUAUAUUUGUUGUUCCUUCAACCUCGGACUUUAGGGUUUUAACGGUAAAGUAAAACUGCCAUUUAAAAACCUCCAUUAAAAUGGUAUAAUAUUACACAUUUGACAAAAUUUUAUAAUUAUUGUUAAAAUGAAUGUUGAAGUUAACUUACCAUUUGGACGGCUAA